AUGGCCGCCGUUUCGCCCCCAGCCAAUGCGAAUGUGGAUCAGUGGAAGAAGAAUCUUUCGGCUCAUGUCACCUGUCCUGAGUGUAAAGAGGUCCCGCCCAAUUUGGAAUUCCCCGACUCUCAUGAAACGGUCUGUGGAUCUUGCGGGCUAGUGCUCUCUGAUCGAGAAAUCGACAUGCAUUCUGAAUGGCGUACGUUCUCCAAUGACGACCAAAACAACGACGACCCUUCGCGUGUUGGAGAUGCCACGAACCCGCUGCUCAAUGGUGAUCAGCUUGAGACGCAGAUUGCCAGUGGAGGCUCAGGCAAAAUUCGUGAUUUGUACCGUGCUCAGAACAAACAGUCGAGCGAAAAGGCGAACAAGGCACUUCUAGCUGCAUACAAGGAGAUCGGUGCCCUCUGUGACGGUUUCAACAUCCAGAAGAAUGUAGCUGAUACGGCCAAGUAUCUGUUCAAGAUUGUCGAUGAUGCAAAGGCAUUCAAGGGCAAGUCACAGGAUGUGAUCAUUGCAGGCUGCAUCUUCAUUGCCUGCCGUCAAUGCAAGGUACCCCGUACCUUCACCGAAAUUUUUGCGGUGACCAAGGUGACGAGAAAGGAGAUUGGCCGUAUUUACAAGGCUUUGGAGAAGUUCUUUACGGCCCAGAAUGUCGAGAGGGUCAACACCGUUGUCUCGAAUGGAGGUGUCCCCGAUCCCAACGACACCUACACCGCGACCACCUCUACCAAGCCCAGCGAUCUCUGCAACCGUUUCUGCAACCUUCUCGAUCUGCCCUUCCAGGUCACGAGCGUGUCCUCUUCGCUCUCAGAUCGUGUCACAACAAUGGGCGAUCUUGCCGGACGGUCUCCUCUAUCUAUCGUCGCGGCUUGUAUAUAUAUGGCCUCUUACCUAAUGGGCAACGGUAAAUCUGCCAAGGAAAUCUCGCAGGUGGCUCACGUCAGCGACGGAACCAUCCGCGGUGCCUACAAACAGCUUUACGCUGAGCGAGAGCGUCUGAUUGACCCGGAAUGGGUCAAGGAAGGAAAGGGAGACUUGAAGAGGCUUCCUCCCAGCUAG